GUUCCAAGUGAAAAGUGUUCUUAGGAUUUUGUCAAAAGUUUUGCUCAAAUGAUCACUGAUCAUUUUUUUUUUGGAGUAAAUAGAAAUUAGGCUUUGGACUUGCAUAAUGGCACCACCUACUAAAAAAAGCAGAUUAUCUAAAGUCUCAUCUGAGAAGGUCCUGAUCCGCCUGUGUGAUGCCUUCACUCGUACUGAUGGAGACAUUAUUUGCCCUAUCAUCAAAGCAGAAAACUCUGUCCGUGUUCUCUAUAAACUCCAGGAAAAAGAUUUACAAAACAUUGUUCAUGAAGCUGGUGCUGGAAAUAGAUUAACGGAUCCAAAGUUUCUGUGGAAAUCAGCAGCUACGGACAGGAGAUCUGAAAGCAAUUUAUUCAUUGAAUAUUCUGCUGAAUUGUUCAGUGAAACAAACCUAAUGGCUUACCAAGUUACACUGGCAGAAAAACUAAAAGAUUCCUUAAAAGUAAAAGACAUCUUGAUUGAUAAAGUACAAAACACAGAAGAUAUCAUUCCACAGCCGAUAAUCUCAGAAAUUGAUUUUGAAGUGCACAAGCUUGAAUUGUGUCACAAGGAGCUUGCAAAAUUGGAUGAGUUGGAUAUAAAAGACACCUUUGAUGCAAUUAUCAGAGAAUUUAAAGAACAACGUACCAAGUUCGCUUUCCUGUCACAGAAUGGAAAAGGGAAGAGUUUCUUUUUGAAUUUAUUGCUUCUUAUGACAAGUGAUAAUAAAGAAGAAUACCGUGAAAACAACCGGAAACUGAUUCUGCCAAAGAAUAUUUCUGGAGACCAAACAGUUCAGGAUGUUCUACAAUCAAAAGAUCACUUUGAUAACCUUCCUGAUGUGAUAAAAUCAUUCAUUCGAUCCAACAAGAAAAAUGAAUCGUCUAAAAGUUUUAUAACUUUAAUGAGAGACAUUUGUCAGGAGCUCCAAUUUGAUGAUGCUCAAGAGUUGGAGGAAGCAAAUGCUAGUUUGAGACGCAUUCCAGCUUAUUUCUCUCAGGAAAAAAAAUUUCCAAUGGAACCUUACAUUCUAGCACAAAAAAGUAUUGAAAGCUAUUAUGAUUCAACAACAAAAUGCAACAUACGUUUAAGGUAUGGAACAGUCUACCAAUUAAAAGUGGAGUAUUUCAGUGCCAAAGAACUGCAAAUCCAGCUUUUUGAAUUGGUGUCACUAAGGAGAAAUGAAACUGGAAACACGACUGACACCAGUAAAAAAACAAAGCAAUCCUUUAAGUUCUUUAAGGCAAAAUUUGCUGCUUUGACCAGCUAUGACAUUUCUGAGAAAAAUAUGGAUUGUCUUCAGUCCAUUACUUCUUAUGAGGACAUUGUUCUUUCUGAAAAGGUUAAACAGUUUGCAGAAAAAACAUUAUUGUACAUUGGAGGUGGAAAAGAAUUAGCCAAGGAUCGUCUUGCUUUAAAGAAAAUUCUGAGAGGAUUAACAAGUUCACAAGAUGAGGAUCAUAAUGAUAAGAACACAUACAAUUGCAGAGUGGCUGCUAUAAAAGAGAUUGUUGUGUACAUACCAAGUAAAAUUCUGUACAAUAAGGAAAUUAUGGAGAUGCCGGGCAGUGAUAAUUCAGACUCACUCUCGAUGCACUUUAUUGAGGAUGCUUUGGAUCAGGUUGAUGGUGUAUUUUUCAUGAGCGAAUGUAGUUUUAAACUUGCAGAACAGGAAGUUAAAAAGAUCCUGCGAAGAAGUGAAUUCAUGAAGGCCUGGAAAAAAAACCCAGAGUUGUAUGCACUCAUGCUCCUCACUUAUCCAGAAAAGGAUAGCAACUAUCAGUUUAGAAAGGAAGAUGUCGUCAAAAUGAAAAUACUUGAGACUAAAGAAAAUGAUAGAAGGUCUACAGAAUUAGAAGAGCUGAAGAAUCUACUGCAUCCGGACUCUGACUCUGAUUCUGAUUCUGACUUUGAUUUUGGCUCUGAAUCAGAUCUCUCUGAUACUCUGGAUAAAUCAGUCUUCUCUACAUAUGUGUUGCCUAUUCUCCAUACAUCCAUUCAGGCACAAGAGGGAAAGCCUCACAAAGUUCUUACUGAUAAUGCAGAAUUCCUGAAAUACACUGGUAUUCACAAUUUAAUCAUAAAACUUGACACAUUUAUUUCUACGAGAGCACCGGAAUACAGUUCGGAGGUGAAAGUUCUGUCAGUACUAAAUGAGAGACCAUGUAGACAACUAAAUCCAGAUGAAGCCAAAACCAUUGUUAAUUUAUACAAAAAGAAAGAUAUGAAAGACACUCGAAUAUUUUUACUUUGUAAAAGUCAUGAGAAACUGCUGGACCCUAUGAUGAUCCAACUGACUGAAAUGUACGAAACCACACUUUAUAAAAAGGUGGAAGAGUUGUUGGAAAAUACAGUAGAAGAUGCAAAGGACAGAUGGGAAAAGUCAGAAAAUAAAAUUAGAAUGGAAAUGCUUAAUCCACUGUAUAGAAACAAGGGUACAUUAUCUAAAAUUAUCUUUGGUGAUCUUGAAUCUCACAAAGAAACAUUUUUCAAGAUUCUCAUGCAAGAAAUUCAAAAACCACUUGACCGCUACAAGCAAGGACUCACUGAACUCCUUACUAGAGAACUAAAAGAGGUGUUUGAAUAUAAUGAACUGGAACAUAUUAAUUCUGAAGCAUUUGUGAAAGAAACCAUAGAAGACUCCUUAACAGAGGCUCUAAACUGGUAUAAAGGAAAGCAGAGGAAUGCGUUAGUUGUAAAAAAAAUCAGUGAAUGCUGGGAGAAAAGCAAAAAGAAAAGUUUAACAGAGAACAUUCUGGAACCUGCAUAUAAACUGAAGCAGCUGGAGCAUGCAAAGAAAGAGGUGAAAGAAAACAUUAGAAUUGCUAUAUUGAGAAUAGCUGAUCAUUUGACGGAUGAGUUAUCAGUCCUUCAUGACAAAAGAUGGAAAAGCAUAUCCAGUCAUUUAACAGCAAAAAACGGACUCCCACAGAUGUGGAACAUUUUAAUUUUAAGAUUAAAAUCAAUCUCUAAAAAUGGAAAGGAUGGAGUAGCUCAGGCAUUGUCUAAUGUGAAGACAUUGGUUUCGGUUCCAUAUUCAAUGUAAUCACUGCAGGGGUACAAAGAAUGACUCCAGAUCUGAGCACAGAAAUUAAGAAAAAACAAGACAUAUAUGUAAAUGUGCUCUAAUAUCUUUUUAUGCUUUAUUUUAACAGCCAUUUGAUGCUUAAUAACGUAGUAGCUAAUAUAAAUAUAAAAGUCGCUAAGUGCUCACACUAAGGGGCACAUUUACUAAGCUCAAGUGAAGGAUUCGA